ACCUCGGAUCCUGGGCGGACGCGCCCCCCACGCCCUCGGACGCCAACCUCAGCCCUAGAGAGAGCACUCUCUCGCAUCUCUCCCUUCCCCCUUCCUUUGCCCGCUCCGGGACAGCCCUCCAGCUCAGGCAAAUCCCCAGGCGCCCAAGGAGCUUGCCAGCAACUCAGACUUCUACCUACGAUCCUCCCCCCCGCCCUUUUCUUUCCAACAGGCCUGGAAGAGGCCAGAGUGCCCCCCCCCCCAGUCCGGAGGGCGCGUACCGGGCGGGAGCUCCCUCCGCAGUGAGCUGGGCGCGCUGGGGGGAGGUCCUUGCGCAUGCCAGGUGCAUAGACUACGCGCUCGCCUGCCCCAGUGCUGGUGCGCAACGGCUGGUCGGGCAGUGCCUGAAAGGCUGCGCUCCAACAGCCUUAGGCGUCCGCGCUCCAAGUACGGUCCCGACUCUGAAGCUUGUGGCCGUCUGGGGCGUGCAAGCGCCACUCGACCCGCAGCCCUGCUCCGCUGCGGCCAGUCGCGUUCGGCUAACUUUGAAGGGGUAAAACUGAGUAGCCGGGCUGGAGGGAGGGGGCUCGGGGCCGUGCGGCGCUCUCUUGGCCCCUCGGAGCCCCCGGGCCCCCAGAAAGCCGCUGCCGAGUCCACUACGACCUCAGCAUUGGAGCCCGCACGGGUUCAUCCUGUGCGCCGCCGGGCUGCCCUGGGCGGGACUCCUCCCGCGGCCUCCGGGGCCACGGGGCGCGCGCAACAGGCGGCCCGAGCCGGCGGGAAGCUGGAGCGCCGGCGGCGACGGCCUCGGAGGGGUGUGGAGAGGCGAGGCCGGGCAGAGCCCCGCGCAGCCAUGGAGUCCCUCUUCCUGCCGAUGCUACUGCUGCUGGCAGUCCUGUGGACGCAGGCGGCCGCCCUGAUUAACCUUAAAUACUCAGUAGAAGAGGAGCAGCGCGCCGGGACGGUGAUCGCUAACGUGGCCAAGGACGCGCGGGAGGCAGGCUUCGCGAUGGAUCCGCGGCAAGCUUCUACGUUCCGUGUGGUGUCCAACUCAGCUCCGCACCUGGUGGACAUCAACCCCAGCUCAGGUCUGUUGGUCACCAAGCAGAAGAUCGACCGAGACCUGCUGUGCCGCCAGAACCCCAAGUGCUUUAUCUCGCUAGAGGUCAUGUCCAGCUCAAUGGAGAUCUGUGUGAUUAAGGUGGAGAUCAAGGACCUGAACGACAAUGCUCCCAGUUUCCCGACCGCACAGAUUGAGCUGGAGAUCUCUGAGGCAGCCAGUCCCGGCACGCGCAUCCCACUGGACAGCGCUUAUGAUCCGGACUCGGGCAGCUUUGGUGUGCAGACCUAUGAGCUCACUCCCAACGAGCUCUUUGGCCUGGAGAUAAAGACGCGGGGUGACGGUUCGCGCUUUGCUGAACUCGUGGUGGAGAAGAACCUGGACCGCGAGACACAGUCACAUUACAACUUUCGCAUCACGGCACUCGACGGAGGCGACCCACCCCGCAUGGGCACAGCUGGCCUCAGCAUCAAGGUGACUGACUCUAAUGACAACAACCCAGUGUUUGGAGAGUCCUCCUACUCAGUGAGUGUGCCUGAAAACUCACCUCCCAAUACACCUGUCAUCCGCCUAAAUGCCAGCGAUCCAGAUGAGGGCACCAAUGGCCAGGUGAUCUACUCCUUCUACGGCUAUGCCAAUGACCACACACGUGAACUUUUCCAAAUUGACCCACACAGCGGCCUAGUCACUGUCACCGGAGCGCUAGACUAUGAAGAGGGCCAAGUGUACGAGCUAGAUGUGCAAGCCAAGGACCUGGGGCCCAAUUCUAUCCCCGCACAUUGCAAAGUCACCGUCAGCAUACUGGACACUAACGAUAACCCGCCAAUUAUCAACCUACUGUCGGUCAAUAGCGAGCUUGUGGAGGUGAGCGAGAGCGCCCCCCCGGGCUACGUGAUUGCCCUGGUUCGGGUGUCUGAUCGCGACUCAGGUCUCAAUGGACGUGUGCAGUGCCGCUUGCUGGGCAAUGUACCCUUUCGUCUGCAGGAGUAUGAAAGCUUCUCCACUAUCCUUGUUGAUGGACGGCUGGAUCGCGAGCAGCACGACCAGUACAAUCUUACAAUCCAGGCUCGAGACAGCGGCGUGCCUACGCUGCAAAGUGCCAAGUCCUUUACUGUGCGCAUCACUGAUGAGAAUGACAACCACCCACACUUCUCCAAGCCUUACUAUCAAGUGAUUGUACAGGAGAACAACACUCCUGGCGCCUAUCUGCUCUCUGUCUCUGCCCGCGACCCCGAUGUGGGUCUCAAUGGCAGUGUCUCCUACCAAAUUGUGCCAUCACAGGUGCGAGACAUGCCCGUCUUCACCUAUGUCUCCAUCAAUCCCAACUCUGGUGAUAUCUAUGCGCUACGAUCCUUCAACCAUGAACAGACCAAGGCAUUCGAAUUCAAGGUGGUGGCCAAGGAUGGCGGCUUGCCCUCGCUGCAGAGCAACGCCACAGUGAGGGUCAUCAUCCUCGACGUCAAUGACAAUACCCCAGUAAUCACCGCCCCACCCCUGAUCAAUGGCACUGCUGAGAUCUAUAUUCCUCGAAACGCCGGCAUAGGCUACUUGGUGACUAUAGUUAAGGCAGAUGAUUAUGAUGAGGGUGAAAAUGGCCGAGUCACCUAUGACAUGACAGAAGGUGACCGCGGUUUCUUCGAAAUAGACCAGGCCAAUGGAGAAGUCAGAACCACUCGCACCUUUAAUGAAAACUCCAAGCCUUCCUAUGAGCUGAUAGUGGUGGCCCGUGACCAUGGCAAAACGUCUCUUUCUGCCUCUGCCCUUAUCCUAAUCUACCUGUCCCCGGCUCUUGAUGCCCAAGAGUCAAUGGGCUCUGUGAACUUAUCCCUGAUUUUCAUUAUUGCUCUGGGCUCCAUCGCUGGCAUCCUCUUUGUCACUAUGAUAUUCGUGGCAAUCAAGUGCAAGCGUGAAAACAAAGAGAUCCGGACCUACAACUGCAGAAUCGCUGAAUACUCCUAUGGGCAUCAAAAGAAAUCAAGUAAGAAGAAAAAAAUUAGUAAGAAUGACAUCCGCCUUGUACCUCGGGAUGUGGAGGAAACAGACAAGAUGAAUGUUGUCAGUUGCUCCUCCCUUACUUCGUCCCUCAACUAUUUCGACUACCACCAGCAGACACUGCCCCUGGGCUGCCGUCGCUCUGAGAGCACUUUCCUGAAUGUGGAGAACCAGAAUACCCGAAACACUACUGCUAGCCACAUCUACCACCACUCCUUCAACAGCCAGGGGCCCCAGCAGCCAGAUCUGAUCAUCAAUGGUGUGCCCCUGCCUGAGACUGAAAAUUAUUCCUUUGACUCUAACUACGUGAACAGCCGUGCCCAUUUGAUCAAAAGCAGCUCCACCUUCAAGGACCUGGAGGGCAACAGCCUGAAGGAUAGUGGACAUGAGGAGAGUGACCAGACUGACAGCGAGCAUGAUGUCCAGAGGAGCCUGUACUGUGAUACUGCUUUGAACGAUGUGCUGAAUACCAGUGUGACCUCCAUGGGAUCUCAGAUGCCCGACCAUGAUCAGAAUGAAGGAUUUCAUUGCAGGGAGGAAUGCCGGAUUCUUGGCCACUCUGAUAGAUGCUGGAUGCCACGGAAUCCCAUGCCCAUCCGCUCCAAGUCUCCUGAACACGUGAGGAACAUCAUCGCUCUGUCCAUUGAAGCUACUGCUGCUGAUAUUGAGCCUUAUGACGACUGCGGCCCCACCAAGCGGACAUUCGCAACCUUUGGAAAAGAUGUCAACACCCACCGGGCUGAGGAGCGGCCCAUCCUGAAAGUCAAGAGGACUGUCGAUGUGACCAUCUGCAGCCCCAAAGUCAACAGCGCUAUCCGGGAGGCAGGCAAUGGCUGUGAGGCUAUUAGCCCUGUCACCUCCCCACUGCAUCUCAAGAGCCCUCUGCCUACCAAGCCUACUAUGUCUUACACGGUCGCCCUGGUUCCUCCAGCUCGUGAUCUGGAGCACCAUGCCAACAAUGGCGCCUCUCGUCCUUCUGAAGCUGAACCCCGUGGAGCCGACAGUGAGAAAGUCAUGCAUGAGGUCAAUCCUAUUCUGAAGGAAGGGCGUGACAAGCAGUCUCCUGUCGUGAAGCGUCUGAAGGAUAUCAUUCUGUAAACCCAUCUGGGGAAGAAGAAAAGAAAAGAAAUCACACUGGCUAGUGAAGAUGCAGCAUCUACUCAUUUUCCUCACCCAUGGUUGGUUCUUGAGUGGCUGCACUGUAGAGAUUUCCCAAAACGUAUUGUGUAUAAAUGACUAUCAUUCCGUGACAAUCCCUCUCGUUUCAGCAGGCAGCAGGGGUGUUCAGUUGGAGCAAAUUAGCUUUGGCUUGAGUUGUUCAUGGGGCCUUGAUGGUGGGGAAACAGAGGCAAAUUCAGUUGUGAAAAGUAUUAUGUAUUAAGUGUUUGAAUUUAUAUAUUUUUCUAUGUCAAAAUGAUAAUAUAAAUUACCAUUGUUUGUGAAGAAUUACAUUUAAAAAAGCAAAAAGAAAAAAAAAGAAAAAAAAAACCCCUCUGGACACCUUUAAUAAGCUCGCCACUGUUUUUUGUAGUGUAGACAAGUUAUUGGUCAUUUAUUGUGUACUAUUCAUUGAUUCAGUGACGUGAAAUCGAGCCCCCAAAAGGUUGUUUCUGAAGCUCGAGUACUUUCCAAUGCCGCUUCUUUGCUGUGGACUCCCCUGCUUUAAGAACCCUUUUGCUAGCUGUGCUGUUGUUGUAUUUGAUAUUGCAAAUUGCUAUGUGUGUGGUGAUGGCAAAAGGCUUUUAAAGGUUGACGUUUUCUUUUCUUAAAAAAAUAAUAAAAAUACAGACAAAAACAAAAUGCAGAAACUGAGACAGCAGGUAAAUGAGCAACACUACACCUAGAGGUUGAGUACUUGGAUACUCACUUUUUUUUAAUCCAUGUAGUGGUUGCUCACUACCUUCCAGAGGAUUUCUCCUGUCUUUCAGUCUUCUGCCCGGGUCUGUGCGAGAUCAUUGUAGAAAGUCAUUUUUGGAUAUGCUGCUAUCUAAUUUGCAGUUGUCAGAAAUACUGUGCUGAAAAUUUUAUGAGAUGCAUUAUUUUUUUUCUAAUUUUCAGACCCUGAACAGGAAAGUUACUCCUGAUGUUAUCAGUUUUCAGGCUGAGAAAUUCCCUGUCUCCAAUCAUCUAAAAAUCAUGCAACAUGACUGAGUCUAUUUUGAGAUCUAAAUUACCAUCUCUUUAGACACACACUUCCUGAUUCAGUGUUUUCCCAAUCAUGAUUGGAAUUAGAUGGUAAAGCACAUCAUGGGCUGGAAUCAAGGGCUCCAUGCUGCUCUUUACCUUAGGCUUAUAAAUAAUGAUAGAGUAAGCAGUAUGAAGUGUACACUUAGGAAAAGCCAGGUACUAACAUCACUGAUCUAAUUACUGUGCCUUCUAAACGGAGACACUCAGACACUUGAACACGUCUUUUUAUGACUAACACUUUUUUGAUUAAAAAUGUGAACAAGAAAUUAUUAAAACAAAAAUCCCUUAGAUUUAGUAACUCUUUUUUGCUGUAGGCUAGGAAUAUGCCUUUUUAAACUAACAGAGCACCCAUUCUUUUUGUUCUUUUUAACAGUGCACAAAUGCCCCUUUUUAUUAUCUGUCUAUUAAUAUUCACUAGCCAACAUAGUAUUCUUGCAGCCUAAGAGUUCAUUAUUUAAAAUAAACUAAA